AUGGAUAACAUCUUGAAAGCACUCGGCGUUGACAAGGACUGCAAGAUUGCCGUCCUACAAUAUGAGCGGGAUGGUCGUGGAGUAGGGAAGGAGGAGGAGCUCCACUGGGCCAUUGUGAUACAGACCGUCUCCAGGCCCGACACCAAGUCGAGGUUGCCAUGUUUUCAAGUAUACGAUCUCAAUUUCAACGACAAGUGGGGAAAACAAUGGCAGUUGUACGACCGAGAUGUUGUCUACACCAAUCCACCCACAAACAGGCCUGCGGAGUGGAACUGCCGCGACUGGGUUAUGGAGGUGAUUAAGCUGUUUGCAGAGAAAGGAUGGAUUUGUGCGAGCAUCCCCGCCCAAUCGACACUACUUCCCUCGCUCCGGCGCGUGAGCGUAGCCACCACGAGUGCAUACGCUGCAAGCACGAGGGUGUUUCCUGUCAUUGUCGAACUCGCUCCUUGA